AUGUUGCAAGGGUACACCUUUUUAAUUAUCAAGUCCAUCGACUUGGAUGAACAAGAAGCUGCUCGGCUUGAGACAUUAUUAUACAAACACGAUGCCACUAAAGUUUACUUCAAGGACGAAUUUGACAACUCCAAGAACUACUUUGAUCCACCAUCAAUUACCCAUAUAGUCACCAAAUCCAUCGAUUUUAUCGAGUACCCACAGGCCCAAAAAUCAAUGAUACCGAUAGUUACACCCGAAUGGGUCCAUGAUUCUGUAGAGCGGAGUGCAGUGCUUCCAAUAAAGUCAUAUAAUCCUAACCCCGACUAUUUCUUCAGAAAUUGCUUUGUUUGUUGUACUGAUAAUUUGCCGCAAGGGGAUAAGGAGCUAAUUUACGCUGCAGUGCAAGCUUUUGGGGGCAACUACUUGGAUGUAUUGUCCAAAUACACAACCCACUUGAUAGCUAUGGACAUGACGAAUGAAAAGUCGAUAAUUGCAUCGAGUCUUAUACACGAUCCCAAUUGCAGAGACCCAGUAAUGGAUAUUAAAAUUGUUUUACCUCAUUGGAUAGAUCAUUGCUUAAUCAUGGGGAAAAAACUUGAUGAGCAAAAGUAUCUUCUUCCAAAUUCCGAUUCAUUUGACAUGAAUGCUAGUGAUCAAGCCGGUGAAUUGUUAAUGGAAAUCAAAAAUGAUUUCAGCGCGCCAAUUUUGGAUGACUCGGUGCCAAAAUCCUCCGAGGAUGACUCGUUUAAAGGCAUUGAUUACUUUAGAGGUAAGCGGUUUUAUGUUUGUUCUGAUUUUAACCUUUCUCAACGGUUAUCCAACUCAAUUAAGGGAUUGAUUGAGAAGCUUGGUGGAGUCAUUGUUUCUUCAUACAGUGACGAUUUCGAUAUUUAUCUUGGGAAGUACCGGCACGGUGAAGCCUAUCAAAAGAGUCGUGCAAACAAAAGAAUCAUUGUUGCAAAUUUGCAAUGGUUGUACUCAAUUAUUGUGACGAAGAAGUGGGUGUUACCAUUAAACUCGAAUAUUCUCUACUACCCAAUUCCACCGACGCAUAUUGACGAGUUUAAAAGUUUGAGAAUCUCUAUAUCAAACUACAGUGGUGAUUCAAGGGCGUACUUGUCAAAAUUAGUGACCCUAAUGGGCGCAACAUUUACCAAGACCUUGACUAGAGACAACGACUACCUUGUUUGUGCCAAACCUGAAGGGAAAAAGUACGAUGCUGCAAUGUCGAAAUGGAUUGGUAUGGAUGGCAAACCCGAGGUUAAAGUGGUUAAUCAUAUGUGGCUAGAAGACUGUUUUAUCCAGUGGCUCAAACUAGAUCACACCGAUGCCAAAUAUACAAACUUUGGUAACCUGGAUUUAGGAAUGGAACCGCUUGUUGGUGGAGCCCAUUUAGAUGAUGAUCACUUGGAUGAGUUAGGAGAUCGCAAUGCGAAUGUCACUGGAAACGUUGAUGAUAGUAUGAGUGAAGAUGAAAGUACCCAAUCGAGAAAGAUUGCUCCCCCAGCACCUUUGACUAAUACAAAGAGAGAAGUCACUUCUAGUGGUGAUUUGGCAAAGUUUGCAGAGAAGCCAGUACAAGAAAAGGAAGUUGAAGAGGAUGUAAUGAGUAUCAACUCUCCACCGAAUGGCACCCCAAAUAAAUCAGAUAUCAGUGCUGAGAUCAAUUCGCCCAAGACACCCAAUGAUUUUGGCGAGUCGAGUGUUUACAAUGCUCGAUAUGGAGGAAGGUCAGCGGCUAAGAAAGCAGCGGCCAAGUUGCACGACAAUAUGAGUGACUUGAAUGCUUAUUUGCAAAUGUCGAAAAGUAGCAAAAAAAUGAAAAGCUAUAUGAACGAAUUAGAGCAGAGUGCCAAUGCCAAACGAAAACAUUUACAGGAAAACAAUGAUCCCAAAACUGACGAGGACACGGGUAGCUUGGACUUUAAGCGCCAACGCACCGAUGAAUGUAGCAUCAUUGCUAUUAUGACUGGUUGUGAGCAAACCAUUGAAUUAGCCAAGAACGAUUACACCAAAUUACAAUCCGUGGGUAUUAAGGUUAUCGCCAACUUGUCAAAGCACACUCCAAACACAUUGAUUGCACCCAAAAUUCUACGAACCGAAAAAUUCUUACGAAGUUUGAGUAAAGUGGAUAGAAUUAUUCACCCUUCAUAUAUUGUGGAUGUGUUGGCAAAUGCCGAAAAUAAUGAAAACGUUUUAAACCUAUACCGAAUUGAUGACUAUGCAUUGGACAAGGUGAAUCCAUCGGCAAAUGCUGACUUGGGAGUCAAAAGUUUGCAUGCUUUAUUGCUGAAAAAAGGCACUCGUGGAAGCCUUUUACAAGGCGUAAGCUUAAACUUGAGCAAGAAUUUGAAUGGAGGAAUCGAGGUCAUCUCGAGGAUAUUGCAAGAUCAUGGACUCCACAAGUAUGAAGAAGUACGAACAACACUAACGAAAAAGACGCCAAUUUGCAGCUGCUCCUUUAAUGGCAAGGAAGUAUCUAUUCUAAUCGCCAACAAAAACAAAGAUGCAAAGCUUAUUGCUAGUUUUAAGAAGUCCUACAUUAAUGGAGUAGUUUUAAGCUGGGACUGGUGUGUAAGCUCGAUUUUUGCCAUGGAAUUACAAAAGUUUGACGACUUUAAGUUAUGA